GAGGCGGUGAGAGCAGGAAGAGAUAGAAAGAGAAAAGAACACCGGCACAACCUUGGGCCGUAACAGGUGGACUGACGUCAUAUUGAACCCUAUGGAUUAGGAAUGGGAUGUCACUUAAGUUCAUAUGCGAGUCAAGGCAGGAUCUGGAGCGAGAGAAGCAUGCCCACAGUAUACUGCAGUUUCAGUUCAUCGAGCAAAAAGAAACACUGAAGCAAAGUGAAGAGCUGCUGACUGAGAUUCGUCAAUUACACUUCAAACAAGAGGGCUUUGUUAGGGAGAUUUCUGACCUGCAGGAAACUAUUGAAUGGAAGGAUAAGAAAAUUGGGGCCUUAGAGAAGCAGAAAGAGUAUUCUGAUGCCAUUCGAACUGAGCGGGAUGAGCUCAGGGAUGAGGUGGUUCAACUCAAAGACAUUUUAAAGAAACAUGGCAUUGUCCUUGGACCAGACCUGUGCACCAAUGGAGAAGUGGAAGGAAAUGUGAGCAGUGGGUCUGCCUGCACCGAACUGCAGCAUGGGAGCAGUGUAUUAGAAAUCCGUCUAAGGAAACUGGUGGAUGAACGAGAGAAUUUGAUUGAACAGGUAAAGAAUCUAAAAGAACAACUUGAGCAGAAGAAAAAGAGUCAUAAAAGAGACGAGAGCUGCAGUCCGGGCGGACAGGUCCAGGAGAACAGCACUGACCCAGAUAUUGUGGACAUGCAGAGAGAUGCUAACAGGCAAGUAAAUGACCUCAAAUUUAAGCUGGUCAAGUCUGAGCAGGAAGUCACAGCUUUGGAACAGAAUGUAACAAGACUUGAAGGCCAGGUGACUCGGUACAAAUCUGCAUCAGAGAAUGCAGAGAAAGUGGAGGAUGAACUAAAAGCAGAGAAACGCAAACUGCAGAGAGAGCUCCGAUCUGCAUUGGACAAGAUUGAGGAGUUGGAGGCAAGUAACAGCCACCUGAACAAACGGCUGGAGAAGAUGAAGGUGUAUCGAGGCACGACAGCAUCACCCUAGUUAGCCUCUAACUCUGAGCUCAACCUCCACUGUGCCAUUCACUGACUUCUCUGAAGCAUGUUGCUGCUUCUCUGUACAGUUUCCCAUAAUUUUAUGAUGAGUUCAAUACACAAAAAAUGCACUGACGCACUACAAUAUGAUAUUGUGGCAUUUGUAUUGUAUUUAUAUUUAUUUCAGGGUGAGUUCAUGGUUGAGAAAUUAUACAAAGGUUUCAUAGGAAGUAUGGGGAAACCUUAGUGAAGCUGAUACCUGAAGGUUGCAAAGCUUUUUUGGGACUGCUUUAACAUUUGGUGGCAGUUCCAGGGAGUGAGGGGAAAAUACAUGACUGAGUUUAUAUUUUGUGUAGUAGACCGGUGACGAAUUAAAGGAAAAACAAAACCACAGAAGGUAUGUGGGUAAGGUGUUGGGCAGCCACAAGCUGCAGAACAAAUUCAGUCCUUGGUAUAAACUCUCCAAUUGUCUGGAACUGUACAAGAGGAAUGAACACUAUGCUUCCCAAUGAUAAAUGCUAAUUCAAUUAGCUUAAAGUGGUGAUGGUGGUGGAGAGUGGUGUAUAUUAUAACAGAAUCUCUCAUAAGUCGGUUGAGAUUUAUUUUCAUCUUCACUAGUGAGUCUUUGUGUCCUGUGAAUGAGAGCUUCGCCAUCCUGGAGACAUGGUCUCAAUAGGAUAGAAAUGUUUCAUCACUGGAGAAAGGUCAUCAUUCAGUCAAGCCGACCCAAACUCUGCCAGAAAACACAGCAUCACCGAGCUUUAUUCUUUCUGAAUUUCUUCCAGUCUGUAUGUGAUUUUUUUCUUUCCCCCUUUUGCUUUUGUCUUUUCCUCAAACUGAAUCUAAAGCUGCUGGUAAAGGUCACUCCCUGAACCCCCUGCAAACGUGCACCAUAUAAUGACAUUUAAUGCUGCCAUAUUCAUGGUAAUAAAUUUUGUUCUUGGAUGAAGAUUUUAUCUUUAUUGCUUCAAAUAAAAACUCACCAGCAACCUUGACAAUAAACAAAAUGAAUAUUAAGCACAAAAUGCUUGUUUGAAUGUUUUCAGAUGAAGAGAAAGAUUUCUUGAAAGAUGCUCUAAAGUGGUGCUGUUCUGCCCUGUUUAGAAAGUUUAAAUCCUUUGUAAUGGAAAUUUUAAUGUAUACUGUGCAAUAAAAUGUUCAAU